AUGAAUUUAUAUGUCAACGAUGUGGCCGAUGAUGAUGGGGAUGAAGACGUGGGGAAUGAUGAACUCAACACUUACAUCAUCCAGCACGACAUCCACAACGCGUGCUGUGAGACCUUCAUCAAGUCGGCCGCCAGCUUAGCAUCAACUACCGAGGUGAAACUACGAGUAUUUGCCGCCAUCGAGCAAGGUGACGCAUCCACACUGAGAACACUGCUGAGGUACCCGGCAGCCUUCCGGGAGGCGGACGGACGCGGCUGGCUUCCACUCCACCGAGCUGCCAACCAACCCAGCCUCGAGGUCCUGGAAACCAUCCUGACAUUGGCAGGUGAGAUGGGUCUAGACGCCAGGGCAGUGGAGGGCGGCGAGACAGCGCUAACCUUGGCCGUGAGAAGCUGCCGUACCGACAACGUCAGGACUCUGCUGGAACAUGGGGCGCAGCCCAAUGUACUCAACACCAAGAACGAGGCGCCACUGUUGCUUGCAGCACAUGUGUCAUCAUACGAGAUGACAGCCGCACUGGUGCGUCACGGUGCUUGGGUAGAUCAAGUGUGCGCCAAGAAGCGAACAGCGGUGCACGAGGCGGCACAGGCGGGAAAUGUCGACGUCCUCAUGCUGCUCCUAAGAAAUGGGGGGCGCGUCAACAACAAAGACAUCAAUGGAGUCACACCUCUUGCUGCCGCAGCCGAGCAAGGGCAUGUCGCAAUCGUUGAGAUCCUUCUCAACUGCGGUAGCAGGGUGAACUCUCAGGCGUGUAACGGCGAAAGUGUCCUGUUGGAUGCAGCUGGCUCAGGGAACACCCUCUGUAUUCAGCUGUUGUUGGAAAAUGGCGCCGACCCAAACCUGCCUAGCGCUACUGGACAUCUACCCAUACACAAGGCCGCCUAUGCAGGACACUACGAGGCUGUGAAGCUCCUCUUGACGGUGACAAGCAAGCGGGCCUUGAAGGAGGCAGGCCAGAGUCCGGUGCACUCAGCGGCCGAGGGCGGGCAGAGCCACUGCUUGGCACUGCUGCUAUCGCGCGGCUUCGAUGUCAACUACCGCAUGAGCACCCUCCAUUCGCGGAACUACGGCGACAUGCGCCAGAGCGCCCUCUACUUCGCCGUGUCCAACGGCGACACAGAGUGCGCGCGACUGCUACUGGAUGCUGGCGCUAAGCCUGACCUCGACCCGCUCAGCUGUCUGCUGGUGGCUGUACGUUCAGGCCGCCACCGCAUCGUGCGAAUGCUGCUGGACGCCAAAGCCGACGUCAAUCGCUACUUUGGUGCCGUGAGCGACACGCUUUUCCCGACUGCGCUACAAUACUGCCUCAAGGAUGCCGCCAUGAUGAGCAUGCUGCUAAACGCUGGCUACAAGGCCGAGACAUGCUUCAUUUGUCAUCAUGAUGACGACGACUGCUGCGACCCCGACGACGAGAAGAUACCCUUCUGCGACUUCAUGAGUCUGUGCUGUCUGGCGCACUUGGCUGGGCGCGUCGUGCAGAUGCUGCUUGACUACGUUGACCGAGUGCGCAUUUGCUCUAAACUCACGAGAAUCCUCCAGAAGCAACCUGAGUGGACUCACAUUUGCAACGUUCUCAGUAGCCCUCGCUCGCUGUCUCAUUUGUGUCGGUUGUUGAUCCGAAGAUGUUUGACCCUCAAGCGAUUGAACAACGCCGAGAUUAUGAAUUCUCCACUUUUCCCUCCCCGGCUGCGAAGCUUCAUCCUGUACCGGGAGAACGACCUCCUCCAAGAAGAGCAACCGUGA